AAAACAGGCCCCUCAUCUGAUCAGUCAGGAAAACAAGAUAAUGGCUUGUAUCCUCUGAAUCUCGUUUCACGAGAGUGGAUUCGGGUGGGUACGCACGGUCCUGCACCUGCUGGACGGUAUGGUCAUGCUGUUACUAUGGUUGGCACCAAAUUUCUUCGUCUUCGGAGGUCAGGCAGAUGGCGAGGCCCUGAAUGACCUCUGGUCAUUUGAUCUCAACACUCUACGGACAACACCAGCUUGGGAGCAGUGUAAACCCAUUGGAGCAGUUUGUCCUGCUCAACGCACAGGACAUGUCUGUGUAGCGUACCAGGAUUGCAUCAUCGUCUUCGGAGGAACAGAUGGUCCAUACCACUACAAUGACACAUGGUCGUAUGACACUAAUACAGAGACCUGGUCAGAGCUACAAUGUAUCGGAUCCAUCUAUAUAUUUGGCGGGCGAGGUGUAGACGGCAAGGAACUGGGCGACCUAGCAGCGUUCAAGAUGUCAAACCAGCGGUGGUACAUGUUCCAAAAUAUGGGACCAGCGCCUAGCAGCCGUUUGAGUCAUGCUAUGGCGUCUAUGGGGACUAGAGUUUUUGUUCUUGGUGGAGAAUCUUUCAUGUCAACCAAGGGUGAUGACAAUGGAAUCAUUAAUAUCAUUGACACCAAACACAUCAAAUACCCUGAUUCAAGCGGAGAACCACUAGUCAACGACGCUGAUCGAGAAUCAUCCGCAAUACCUACCCCUUUGCUAGGACAAGUCGAAUAAGAAAGCUCCCUGCAUAAUGGUGUCGGUACCAUAUCUCCAAUAGGUGCUCUCAAAGACACAGGCGACAUUCGCCGGGCUCCCUCUGAAGGUGCUGGGCUGUAACAACUGAGCUUGAGGAAGGUAUCUAUAUAGAAAGUGUUGUUACCCCGAAGUAUUUUCAAAUUCAAGGAAGAUCAUUUUAAACUCC